GAGGAAAUUAGCCGCCGCUUCACAGAACGGGGACUAAAGCCACACAGGGUCCUGGCGUAUUUUUCGCUUAUGAAAUCUUAUGAUGCAAUGAAAAUAUCGAAUAUUUGGAACGUGUUCAAUCCCUAUGUCACGGCACGUGUUUCGUUGAUUUACUGGUACAGGUGAGCUAGACGGAGAUAUUGUAGAAGAAAUGUUAACAGUGUUUUGUUCUAGGAUGGCUUUACACUAUGGAUUUAAUGGAGUUUUAAUCUAUCAACUACAAGCAGGGAUGUUUAUCGUUCAUUGUGUAUAUUAGGCAACGACAUGUCGGAAAGUAACUGGGACAGCCAAGGUAUGACCACGGACCGAGAGAUUCCGGACCGAAUGGUACAAAAGUCGAGUCUGUUCCAGAAGUUGAAAUUGAAGAAACACAGGGUGAGGCGUUUAAUGGGGAGCGUGGACAGUGCGAUGGAGUCCGAUGAUGUCGUAUCCAGUUUUGAGUCAUCUGAGUUUGACCUGACGAGUCAACACUCGUCUAGUGACGAAGGUGACAGUGGUUAUGGGAGCACCAGGGACAGACGGAGGAAACUAGUGAAGACUCAUCAGAAAUGUGAUAUCAAAGCCUCAACGACAUCUGUGAAGGAUGCAAGAAAGGAGCAUGCCCCAAAGUCGAAACAGGCACCGCCUUUUGGUUUUGCAUAUUAUGGAAUUACGCCGGAUAUGAUCAGUGGCCAGAAUGUGUCGCAUCCAGAAUCUGAAGCCGACCAAAGACAUGCAAAUGUAGGAUUUAUUCCAGUUCUAACUCAUAUGUUUCCUCAGUAUCCGGGGAGUGUCGGGAAUACCGUGGACACUGAAUCAUCGGGACAAAACGAACCACCUAACACUAGUGGUAUAAAACCGGUAAUUCUAACUCAGUUCCCACCAACAUUCAUCAUGACAGCCAAAGGGCCCGUGCCUAUCAUCAGCAACUGUGGUCCGGGAGGAUUUCCACAGUUUCCAAUGUUAAACAUGAAUCAUUCGGAACAGAAAAAGACAGAGCAGUUUGUUCAAAUGGUUACUCCUAAUCAGUUGGCUGGGAUGCAAGUAUCUCAGGGUCAGUGUGAAAACCAAAGUCAAACAGAUGAUACAUAUACCCAAAAGGAACAGCUGAAAACAAAGACACAGGAUUAUAGUUUCAUAGAACAUUAUACAAACGGAAGUUUUGUAUACAAAGGUAUUCUUAAAAAGGGGGAUUGCAUGACUUCAGAGAAUGAUCCUUUCCCGAUGGCAACGGUGUCGCAAGCAUGUCCCAACGACGAACAAGAGGAACAGCUUGUGUGUGCCAUCUGCAAUGACCGAGCGACCGGUCUCCAUUAUGGCAUCAUUACAUGUGAAGGGUGUAAAGGUUUCUUCAAACGAACGGUUCAGAAUAAACGAGUGUACAACUGUGUCGGGAAUGGGAACUGUGUGAUAAACAAGCUGCAACGGAACAGAUGUCAAUUCUGUCGCUUCAAGAAGUGUCUGCAGAUGGGGAUGGUCUUAGCAGCUGUACGAGAAGAUAGAAUGCCUGGUGGACGGAAUUCAGGGGCUGUUUAUAAUCUUUACAAGGUAAAAUACAAGAAACACAAGAAGAAAGACCAGAUGGUAAAACUGUUCAAGGAACAAGUCGCCCAGAUCAAAGUUGAUGGCAGUGGUAAUAAAAUCGAAACGGAAAUGGUUACAGAAAGUAAAAGACUACCCGUGCCAUUUCGAGUCUCAUUCAACAAAGAAGGCAUGCCGCAAUUUGUUCAAAAAGAACACAGAUCCCAAUUCAGGCCAGGCAGCACCUUCUCCAGAAGUGCAAAGCUCUCGACGUCAAAACAAAUACCAUGGGAAUCGGACAUGGAUAGGACUUCUGUGCCUUCAGAAACAGAACUGUCACAAAUCACAUAUUCGCGUGCCUCUUGCUCUACAAAUUCUAUGUGUAGCUCAGAUGGACAGACGCCCAUUUUACCGAGCGCUGCUAGUAGUUUUACUGACGAAGAACAGUGUUAUGUUCCUACAGAGUCUCUAGGUGGCCAAACGUGUUUGACCUAUGACAAACGCUACGCUAAUGACUCGGCCAAUGGUGGAUCAUCAGUUCUAGCUCAAAGAUCUGUUCACGCAAAUUGUAGAAAAAAUAACCAUUUGUUAAGCUUGUUGGAAUCGAGUCACCCUCCAAUUAAGGACGAGAGUGAGCCACGCUAUAAAACGCAAUGCAACUCUACGGUUACAUCACAAGCCAACUGUUUUACAUAUCGGACGGUUCCUCAGUAUACUAGAGAAACAGCACCGGAAUUUUCAUUUGCUAAACCUGAUGGUAUGCAAAAGUGUAUGGACUUCAAUAUCGCUCGAACGACAACAGAUUCCGUUCCUAUGGUUAAUGAUCCUCAUCGUUUAUUGAGUUCCAGGACUAGUAUUGAAGGUAUAGCGACAGAUAGAGACGAGCUUAACUCGCAGACAAGGGAAAAUGUGGAUCGGAGCGAUGAUGUAACAGAAUCUAUGUGCGGGCAUUACAAAUGCCAUGCCACACAAUUAUGCCAUUAUCAGCAAGGAAAUUUCCCUCGGGUAAAAAACAGGGAGGCAUCUGAACGAGACACCUAUAAACAGCUGACACGGGAUUGUCGAUUGUCAGACUACGCUACGAAUGAGGAUCGGUUUUCGUCGACCCUUGUUACACAAAAAGCUUGUCAAUUAAAGCGCUAUUCGCUUGACAAUUCAUUUUCUGAGCAUCUAUCGGAAACACAAGAUCAGAAAUCAUUAGAGGAAUGCUGCAAAGAGACACAAAGCUAUCCACCAAGCGAAUGCUUAUCGCAUCCUCUGAUAAAUGACUAUACCAGCGAAAGGCGGUAUUAUCCAUGUAAAUCGGAUACUCAGGGGUUUGUACAACGCCUAACAUCACAAGAAACAGUGGCACAUCGUUAUCGAAACACCAACCACUCACCAGAAACACUGAAAACGAAUGAUUCAAACGAAAGACAGAAUACUUUUGCUCAAAACUAUUUACAAGAUCAACGUUCUUUACCACUAAGCACGGGGAGUAUUGGUCUACCAACACCAGACCAGGGGACGUGUGACUGCAGACAUUCAGGACAUAAUCCCGAAGCUACCGCUGGUAUACAAACGGGCGAUGCGACUGGCAAUGAUAUGAAAACAAGCCGUGUUAGUUUGUCACACCAAGACAUUAAAUCGCUGCCGUCCUGGCACCCACAACACGGCGAACAUCCGGAUUAUCGGUCAGAACCUGUGUGGAAUAUUGAUAGGCAAACGCCGGUAAAUCACGAGGGAAAACUUGCGCUCAGCAACAAGAGAUCCCAUGAUAAUUCUAAUAUAAACCAACGGCACGAGUUGUUGAUCAAUCAAAAUCGUUUCCACGAUGGCCACUGUUGUAAAAUGACAUGUGACUCUUUUCAUCGUAUCAACGAGCCGGCACCAGACAACCACACGCCAGAGGAAGAGCAGGUGCUUGCUGAGAAUCAUAGGUCGGACCGGAACGUGCAUAAGGAUGGUUUACGAUUUAAUUCGACAAUAUCGGACAGAACGAGUUUUGAAUCACGAAUUCACGCAAGUGAAUCGUCUCUUUCUUCGUCAGACCAAGAACUUCGUACACCAGAAAUUCACCGUCAGUUGAUUCAGGGACUUGUGGAUUGUAACACAUUGUUGAAUAUUUCCGGUUCCAUCAAUUUCGACGAUAACGAUUGGAUACAAUCAGAUAUGACAAACAAUUUCUGUCGUCUUGCCGAUGAAAUUGUAGACAAAUUAGUGGCAUGGACAAGGCAUCUGCCUUUUUACAACGAUAUCCCACUGAACGUCCAAUCCCGAAUCCUCACGAACCGCUGGCACGAACUGCUGGUGUUGAUUACAACAUCUCGUCGGACACUAGCUCUCCAAGAGGACCAUCGGUCGUCUGAUAUGACCUAUAAAAUGCUGCUGAAUUUAAACAUGCAGAAGCUCGACAGCUACCUGUCGAGGAUGUAUAAGGAGCCCGUAAAUCUGGACAAACACAAAGUCCAGGACAUCAUGGAACGAUUGACUAUGAUCAUGUUCAGAUUUCUGCAGAUGCGAAUUGGAGUCCGGGAAUUUGUGUCGCUACAAGUUAUCCUGCUGCUCAAUCACAAUGAAUCCGCAUAUCAUGCGAAAGUCGAAAGCAUACAGAAUAGGUACACGAAGGCCUUAGAGUGGUACGUGAAGAGAACAUUUCCCCAGGAUCCGACAAGACUUAGAGAACUGCUUAUCAGAUUACCAGAGAUCCAAACCGCAUCAAGCUUGCUUUUGAAGAACAAAAUGAUCUACAUUCCUUUCUUCAUCAAUGCAUGAUGUCGAUCUACGUACUGUGAACAUCAUGAUGUCGAUCAUCAUACUGUGAACAUCACGAUGUCGAUCAUCAUACUGUGAACAUCACGAUGUCGGUCAUCAUACUGUGAACAUCACGAUGUCGGUCAUCAUACUGUGAACAUCACGAUGUCGGUCAUCAUACUGUGAACAUCACGAUGUCGGUCAUCAUACUGUGAACAUCAUGUUGUCGAUCAUCAUACUGUGAACAUCACGAUGUCGAUAUAAUACUUUGAACAUCAUGAUGUCGGUCAUCAUACUGUGAACAUCACGAUGUCGGUCAUCACACUGUGAACAUCAUGAUGUAGAUCAUCAUACUAUGAACAUCAACGUGGAACAGGUCCUUAUUGUAGUGUGUCAACAGAACAGUGGCACAGAUGUUUAUUAUAGAGGUGAUAAUUUAUUUUUAAUGAUGAGAAUAUAUUAUCCAAUAUGUAAAUGAGAAUUCAUGUCGCUUACAAAUAUGUGUAUGGUAUAUGGUGACAUAUUGUUGUCUUUUCAAAUAUGUGUAUCGUAUAUGGUGACAAAUCGUUGUCUAUUACAAAUAUCCGUAUCUGAUACAUUUGUUUUCACAUGCAUGAAGGAAUAAUGGACGAGGUCAUUAACUGUGAUGGAAUUGAGCAGAAAAUAAGUGUGGGGCUUUGAUAGCAAAAAUGAAAAAUGAGAAACGCUGAUAGAAAGAAGGAAAAUGAGUAUACUAACAGUGAAAGGAAGAAAACAAUGGCAAAUGACGGUGAUAGAUAGAAGGAAAAUUAUAUUAUUUAUGGUGAUAUAAAGAAAGAAAAAUAAGUUCAUCAACGAUAAUAGAAAGAAUGAAAAAUAUGUUUAUCAUGGUGGUAGAAAGACAGAAAAUGAGUUUAACAGUAUGUUAACUAUAAAAACUGGGGGGGGGGGGGGGAUGUAAAUGUGGGGGCUAUGAUAGAAAGAAAGGGUAUAAAGUCAGCGUUUUUGCUGAUAUGCCAGACUAAUACAAUUAUAAUAUUUUUGACAUUGUCCAACAUUUCCUCAGUAAGUCGAAAAGAUUUCUAUUUUCGUAAUCGGUACGCUUGCUUCAUCAAUGUUUCUAUCUACUAUAAAAUCUACCUUGUUCAUCACCAUUUGUUGCACAUGUCAUCUUCAAAGGUCGCCUUGUCAAUAUCUUAAGGAAUACAGAUUGCAACACUGAUGUACGUCAAUGGAUAUUUUGUUGUUCCAAAUUAAGUUGAUACAACCAGUAAACAUGGAUUAUAGACUGUGAAAUGUGUUUAUAAAUUGUUGUAAUGAGUUAUUUAGCCUCAUGAUACCAACAACUACAUUCUAAUUAGGUUUUCAUCCUUUAAUGCAGUUAUUUCUGUUUUUGUUGUCUUAUUAAGUAUCCCCCCUUCCACCCCCUUCUCCAGUUGUUCCUCUGAUGUAGGUUUAUUAAGGUGAUAGAAAGAAGGAAAAUAAGUUUAUUAACUGUUAUAGGAUGGAGAGGAGAGAGUGUGAGAUUUUGAUAGCAACUGGAGAUUUUGAAGAUUGUUAUGUGAUGUAAUUCGAUAUAGUUUUCUUGCAAAAGUAUUGUUUGUGCGUGUACCAUGCUAAUUUCACAGGUAAGGUUUGCCUGAUGUUUAAUAUUGUUUCAUGAAAAUUUAUCGUUCACUUCCGUUGUCGUAUUUGUAUGUUGUGUGGGAAUUCAAGAUUGGCAAAAUUUGAAUCAUUUGCUUGCAUAUAAAUUGUGGUACGACGGGUUGUAGCACUAGUGGGAUUUUAGGAUAUGGUUAUGAAAAGUUGUUGAAAUAUAUGGGACCACUUGGAAACCCAUAGGUAACACUUCUGAAUCCCGACUCUGCAUGUACCUGGAUGUUGAUAUCCAAUAAGUUGAUCGACCAUAGGUUGCAUUUGAUCAUAAUUUGUAUUGAUUUGGUUGAAAGUGUAAGUUAUUGAUAAAGAUUACAAAGGCGACAGGUUUCUUUGUGUCGUCAUCAAUGUUAAUAUAACUAUAUUAAAGUGACUCAAUGUUU